AUGGGGGAAAGGCGCGCGCAGUCCUUCCACAUGACGUGCCACGUGCAGCGCGACUACGGCAGCAGGAUGGGGAGCUCCUUCAUAAGCUGCAGGCCCAACGGGUACGCCGCCACCAGCCUGGCCGCCGCCGGCCCGGCCCGGGAGGCGGAGGCGGACGCCGACCCCGCGGCCUCCACGGGCGCCGCCCCGACUGGCAGCUCCACCCUCCGGGCCCCGGCGCCCGACAAGAGCUGCCACCGCCUCGCCCCCCGGGAGCCCGACCCCGCGGCGUCGACCAACGGAUCCGGCCUCCCCCGCUGUCCGCCGGCGGCCCCCGAGCCCCGGCCCGUGCCCGGGCCGCCCUCCGUGACCGUGGUCCCCGUGGCGCUCCCUCGCUCCAGCUGGCUGCGUCAUCACCAGAAGGAUUUCCAGAGCCCUUACGUCAAGACCAGCGUGCAGGGGGACGUUUACAACUUCCUAGAGAGGCCCGCGGGAGUGAAAUGCUUCCUCUACCACUUCCUCGUAUUCGUCAUGGUCCUGGUGUGUCUAAUCUUCAGUGUCCUGUCCACUAUAGAGCAAUAUGCAGAAUUUGCCACAGGAACCCUCUUCUGGAUGGAGAUUGUGCUGGUGCUGUUCUUUGGCACGGAGUACGUGGUCCGGCUGUGGUCGGCAGGCUGUCGCAGCAAAUACGCCGGCAUCAGGGGACGCCUGUGCUUUAUCAGGAAGCCCAUAUCCAUCAUAGAUCUGAUUGUGGUCAUUGCCUCGAUCAUUGUGCUUGGCGUAGGCUCCAAUGGCCAAGUGUUUGCCACGUCCGCCAUCAGGGGCAUCCGCUUCCUCCAAAUCCUGCGCAUGCUGCAUGUGGAUCGACAGGGAGGAACAUGGAGGCUCCUGGGAUCUGUUGUCUUCAUUCAUCGACAGGAGCUGAUCACCACCCUGUACAUCGGAUUCCUGGGCCUCAUCUUUUCCUCCUACUUUGUCUACCUGGCGGAGAAGGACGCGGUGGACGAAGAGGGCAAGACGGGCUUCUCCAGCUACGCCGAUGCCCUGUGGUGGGGUGUGGUGACCGUCACCACCAUCGGCUACGGAGACAAAAUCCCCCAAACGUGGAUAGGCAAGGCCAUUGCCUCCUGCUUCAGCGUCUUCGCCAUCUCCUUCUUCGCUCUGCCUGCCGGUAUCCUGGGCUCGGGGUUUGCCCUGAAAGUCCAACAGAAGCAAAGACAGAAGCACUUCAACAGACAGAUCCCUGCUGCAGCUUGCCUCAUCCAGACGCUUUGGAGGUGCUACGCAGCAGAGAAACCCGACAGCGGUUCUUCCACGUGGAAAAUGUAUGUUCUGACUCCGGAGAGCGUCCCCACAGUGGAACCGGACACCCUCAUCCCGCACGUCAGGAUACUCAACAUAUCGAAAAGGGGGACCAAGAGGAGGUUGAAGCCCAGAGGUAGCGGCUCAAUGGGCGAAGCCUCGGAAAGGGCCGUGUCCAUCCCCCAGAUCACCCUCGAUCGCAUCGAUGACUCCGAGGAGAAGAAGGACGCCUCUUUUUUACUGAAAAAAUCAGGCCGGCCUGAACAUUCUUGGUCGUCUUUCACUCUGAGCUGCCCUGGUUCCCCAGUGAGGCGGGCUCUCGAUGACAGCACCUCCGUCAACAUCUCCCGGGCCAACAGCAUCACAGACGAGCUGGACUACAUGACCGAGAACAUUCCCCUUCCAGUGGUGACGGCCAACGCUCCCAUUCCUGUCGUGGGGACAGACGGGAAGCCAUCCGGUCACACGCUGCGCAAAGACCGCGCCGUCAGGGCCGUGGGGGGGACGGUCGCCGUGCCAGAUUGUCGUCACUGGGUCCACAAAAUGGACCAGAACAUGAACUCCAUCCUGCGGAUCCUGCUGGAGCAGUUCCCUCCGAAGCCGGAGCUGACGUACAAGCCCUCCAUGCGCAGGGUGACCAUCCAGAAGCGCAUGGGCGCCAGCGUGGACGACGAGCGCUAG